AUGCUGUCACUCGUUAUCACCAAAUAUUUGAUUGCUUUAAUGAUAAUUGCAGUAUUAUCAGUUACUGAAACGGAUGCACAAGCAGUAGCUUUAAAUCCUAUUACCUUCACGAACAACAUGCAAGUAGGCGGCAACAGAGUGCUUUUCAAUGGCAACGCAGCACAGAUGGUCUUUGAUGAUGGAAGUGAUCAGAAUAGAAAUCAACCUGCCCAACCUGCCCAACCUGCCCAACCUUCUCAAACUUCUUCUAGUUCAGAUUUACUUGGAACUUUUUUACUAGCUUCAUUACUGGGCUCAGCUUAUGGUAGAGGCUUCCCAAAUUCUUCUCCAUAUGGUUAUUCUUAUCCAUACUCCGGUUACUCUCCUUAUUACUACGGUUACCUUCCCUAUUACUACUAUUAUUAUGGAUAAUUUUUCACUUUCUUCAAAUACCUUUGUAUCAUUGUGCAGACUUUAAACUUUAAAAAUUAUACAAAGCUUUGUCUGGCGUUGUGUUCUACAUGAA